AGAUGAUGCCUCUUUGUGUUUUUCUUGCAAUUCUCUAUAAAAUCUGUCAGGUGCUAGCUGCUCACAAGACCUCAAGUGUAAUUCAGGAGAGUGGAAUCAAGAUUGCUAAAGUCGGGGAGAAUGUAACAAUAACAUGCGUUUGUCAAGAUGAUGCUGUAACUUUCCUUUCUUGGUACCAGCAAAGCCUGGGUGGCAAACCUAACAUCAUAUCAACUCGGAUGAAGCACAGCCCAGAAGCUGAUAUCUAUGCACAGUAUAAAGACAGGUUUAAAGUCCUUGUAGAAGGUAAAAAAGAAUAUCUCAAAAUCACAAACCUCAGCCUGUCAGAUUCAGGGACGUAUUACUGUGGGGUUUUAGUCUUUAACGCUAUUGAAUUUGGACAAGGAGUUUUCCUUCAUGUCAAAUCACCAGCGACCAGCAUUGGAUCUGCAAUAGACCAGCCAACGUUGAAGCCGCUUCGCUUGGGGGACUCUUUGAACUUGACCUGUACAGUGGAAGCUGAACCAUGUGCAGGAGAGCUGAACCUUUACUGGUUCAGGCAUGGAGCUUCUCAGUCUACAGUCAUGUAUCCCAGCGAGGGACACGUGUGUGCAGACAUCUCACAGGAAACACCUCACAGGAGAAAUUGCACUUUAAAUCUUGCAAUAAAGUCAGUGAGCUCUGCUGAUGCUGGGAUCUACUACUGUGCUUUGGCCUCCUGUGGAGAGAUUAUUUUUGGAAAUGGAACAAAGGUUGAGAUUGCAGGUUCCCCUGUCUUAGUUUAUCUCCUGAGCGCGGCAUUAGGAGGUACCUUUAUUGUGCUCUUUGUCUUGGCUUUCAUCAUGUACAAGCUUAGGAAAAACCUGUGCUCUGUCUGCAAAGCAGGAGCUGUUCCUCAUCAAACCUGUACAGUCUCAGAUGCAGUGAGCCAAGAUGCAGACAGCCUCCACUAUGCAGCUCUGAGUCUGAAGAGGAGCAGUAAACAACAUCGUCAAGAAGAAAACUUGGAUAAUAUUUGUGUGUACUCUAGAGUAAAGAGCAGAAAAGUGUGAAUGGAUGCAAAGAUACACACUGCCAAAUGUAAAAUCAUGU